GAAGGCCACGAAUCAAAUGAAACCUUUCUCAGACUUAAUAACCAAAGAAUCAAGAUAGAAAAUCCCUUCAUAUCUCCAGUUCGAUACUGUUCAAACUCUAGCAUAACGCGGUUGGUUGUUGACAGUGUUUUAUACGUACUAUAGAGAUGUGAUGAAGGAGUCACUGAUAGUCACAGAUUAAUAUUAUUUAUUUUGUCCCUUAUGUGCAUUGUGUUUCAGAAAAUAUCAUGGAAGAAUCGUCACAGGGACAAGUGAGAUUCAACCAAACAGUCUGCCAUUUUAGAAGAGUGUCACUGUGAACACCAAAUUCUGAAAUGACAAGUCAGGCGCUUUUUGCAGCCAUAGAGGAUCGUGUGGCCAGCCAGGGAGAAAUAUUCCCAGCUCUUACGUUGAAAGCUAAUGGCUUGAAUAGCAGUGAUCUUAAUAUCAUCAACAAACUUGGAAAGAUAAAUUUGUCUAUAAGCUAUAUGAUCAUCAGGAACUUCGUUGCUUUAGAUCCAAACGACUAUUAGGAAAAUAAGUGGUAUAUAGGCAUCGGGAAGUUUAGCAACUAUCGGUAAUUUAAAAUUUAAAAGAUUCCACGAUAUCAUUUAUAAGGGUGUUGAACUGUUUUCAAGUUACAAUGGAGUUUUUAACACUAAGUGAUUAGCUAUUGGAUUCUAUUAUUGUACUUGUGAACCAUAUUUCAAGAAAGUUGUUACGGAAUAUGUAGCCAACUUGACGGCAAUGAAAAAUCCGGAGAAAGCCCAGGUCAUGUUGCUGGAGAAUUUAAGGAUUAUCUCCGAACACAGGCGUCGCUCUUUGGCCGCUGACCACUACAGACGAAUGACUUCUGUUCCAUUGCCCUUCAGCAGUUCACAUGCGUCUGGGUCCCAGGGACACGAGGGCGAGUCGGCAGCUUCACUAGUCCAUCGAGUGUCAUCACGGCGCAAGCGGGAAUCCAAUGUCAGUGUGGACCAUUUCUCUAUCCGGAGACCCCGUGACAGUCUGAAACCUGAGGUAAAGAUAGCUCCAAACCCUACCAUCACGUCAUAUCCGCCGGCAAGCACUGGCACCUCAGAUGCCGAGAACUCGCCGCUCAUCAUGGGUGUGCAAGGUGGAGAGACGGGUGAUAGUCCGGGACGGUAUUAUCCAGAUGAUAAGAACGAUGGUCCCCCGGACAGUGAAACCAUCAUGAGGAGCAAAAGAGUAUCCAAACGGGUGGUAUUAAAUGUUGGUGGUGUAAAGCACGAGGUUAUGUGGAGAACAUUAGAUCGCAUGCCACACACACGUUUGGGGAGACUACGCUCCUGUAAUACACACGAAAGUUUGCUGGAAAUCUGUGAUGAUUAUUCGCUGGAAUGUAAUGAAUAUUUCUUUGACCGACAUCCAAGGUCUUUUUCUUCCAUUUUAAACUUCUAUCGUACGGGUAAACUACAUUUAGUGGAGGAGAUGUGUGUGUUGUCUUUCAGUGAUGAUUUGGAAUACUGGAAUAUCGACGAAUUGUACUUAGAAUCAUGUUGUCAACACAAAUACCACCAAAGGAAGGAGCAUGUGUACGAAGAAAUACGUAAAGAGGCAGAAAGCCUGAGACAACGAGAAUCGGACGAGGAUUUCGGAAAUGGCAUGUGUGCUAAAUGGAGGAAAAAAGUCUGGGACUUGCUUGAGAAGCCCCAAUCUUCAAUGGCUGCUAGGACUCCAUUUGAAAAAUUCUGGGCCUACCUGGGCCAGGUCUUAGCAAUAGUGUCCGUACUGUUUAUUGUGCUGUCCACCGUCGCCCUCACACUUAACACCAUUCCUAGCCUUAAUGAGGACAGCGAAGCAUCCAACGACCUGGAGAUCAUAGAAGCCGUGUGUAUAUGCUGGUUCACUCUAGAAUACUUAGGAAGGUUCUGGGCUUCUCCUAACAAGUGGAAAUUCUUCAAAGGUCCCUUAAAUAUCAUUGACUUAUUAGCCAUCUUGCCGUAUUUUAUCAGUUUGGGGUUGACGGAAACUAACAGACACACAACAGAGCAGUUCCAAAACGUUCGUAGAGUAGUACAAAUUUUUAGAAUUAUGCGAAUUUUACGAAUUUUAAAACUUGCGCGCCAUUCAACAGGUUUGCAGUCAUUAGGAUACACGCUGCAAAGGAGUUACAAGGAACUAGGUCUUUUAUUAAUGUUUUUAGCUAUAACUGUAUUACUGUUUUCAAGUUUGGCUUAUUUUGCCGAGAAAGAUGUAGACAAAACGAAAUUCAAAAGUAUUCCAGAGACCUUCUGGUGGGCUGCUAUCACCAUGACAACCGUAGGAUACGGUGAUAUUUAUCCAAUGACUACACCGGGAAAGCUGGUGGGUGCUGUGUGUUGUAUUUGUGGUGUGUUGGUCAUUGCUCUCCCCAUUCCUAUUAUUGUCAAUAAUUUUGCCGAGUUUUAUAAGGACCAAAUGCGAAGAGAGAAAGCCUUGCGAAGACGAGAUGCUCUGGAAAGGGCGAAGCGUACAGGGAGCAUUGUGUCAGUGCAUUCCUUUAAUAUAAGAGAUGUGUAUGCUAGAAGUGUUGACCUUUUAGACGUUAAUGUAGAAUCAGGCGGUGGAAGGGGGUCAUGUGACAACGGGCACAACUGUGAUGUUGGGACUGUCAAAAAUGACGGCAAAUGCGCGAGUGCCCCACAAUUCGUGACGAAUUCGUCCGAGGCGGCCAUUAAAUCAUCGAAUGAUCACUGUGAUUUGAACAGUCUUCCUGACUAUAAAUGUGCAACAAAUAUAAUAGAGACGGAGGAGGGUACAGGCCCGAGGACCUCCUCUAAUCCAGCUUUACAUUCGGAACAUCAGGGAAAGCUUGAAUACCCACCAACUGCUGAAAAUCUCAUGCAUGCGCGUUGUACCAUUGAAUUAAAACCGUUAAUACGACAGAGCAGCAACACAAGCACUGAUACAUUUAAUAGCUGCUUGACUCACCCCUCAAGCCCCGGAGGCUCGGGGGCACAGGGUCAUCUACAGAAUAAUUGCAACAGACAUAAUGUUUACGUAAACCCAUUGGAGAAUUCCAGACUUAGUUCAGUUUUUAAUUUGACAGACAGUAGUUCUUGUAGCAAGCCGUUGGAUUUGAAUGUAGAUUAUAAAUGUUCCGAGAAUGUAUUUACAACUGACAGUGACUCUGUUCAAAUUGUUCAGAAACUAGAAGAUGGAUAUACUACAACUUGGAAUCGCAGUGUUCUUCCAAACAAUCAACCAAGUCCUCCACCACGGCUUGUGCAUCAGAAGAGUUCCGAAGAAUCACCGAGAGCACCCGAAAGGUCUCUUCUCAAACGUCACAAAUCUGAGACGGGUAAUCGACAAAGCAAUGUUUCUGGAAUCAAGGAACGGUCCUACUCGUCUUCUGAUAACAUACAUGACGAGAGCUCAAGCAAAUCAAAAACUGCUAAAUUUCGUAAAGCGGUGUCGUUGGCCAGUAGACUGCAUUCAAGUCCUUCAACUGGUCGGAAAUUAGCUAAUUACCAUUUAAUUGCCAAUCCACAAUCAGGUAAACCCAGUGAAUGCGGGAAACUUCAAAAUGGAAUAACUACUGAUUGUGAAACUUGUACUCCAUUCGAUCCCCCUCAACCAGUGAUGAAAUCUAUACUUAAAAAAGAUUAUAACGUCACUUCCGGUGAUGACACUGAAACGCUUUUACAAAAUGCGUCCAAUGAUUGCGACGUAUUUCAAUGGGAAAAUUCCCCAGAAAACACUUCCACAAACAUUACACACUCGUUAUGUUUACCGGAAAGCGAUCUUCCCUCAAAACAAGAUAAUGGAAAUAAAGAAGACACAUUUCCGGUGAGAGAAAACAGUGAUGCAAACACACUUCCGCUUUCUUCCUCCUUUAAUUCAUGUGGGACCCCUCAGACGGAUAGGUUUGACGAUUAUAGUUUAUUUGACUCUUCUGAAAAUCGUGGUGAAGAUGAGCUUGAAUUUAGCGAUAGUGUGGCGAGUCCCCAAAAGGGAAACUGCUGGAACAGAGAUAGCGGGAACUCUUUGCCAUGGCAGAAUAACGAUACAAGCCCCUCCGACAAUUUGGAUAUCGAAGAAAGCAUGAUAGGAUCGAACUCAAUGGGACGAUCCCCAUCGGAUGAUAAUAGUCUUUCAUCUCAUAACUUAAUACAUAUAUCCCCUAUUGAAAAUAAUUCAAAUACAGAUCCAAAGAUGGAUUUACAACAGACUGGCUUUGAAUUUUUGACUGAAAGUGAUUUAAAUGGUCAACGAAAAGAUUAUGAAGUGGACACACUGUUAAAUAAUAUUGGACGUCUGUCCUCGGACGAAAGUACCGAAAUUUAUUCCCAAGAAGCGAGUGGAUAAGAAGUGUGCAUUUGUAAGUGAUGUGAAUGUGGUGUCCAUAUUGUUUACAAUCCAUUCAUUAGAGUGUGUUACAGAUUACGAUUUGAUGUUUUCGAUUCUGUUCUUCUUUUCAGACUUGGAAGAUAAUCUUCAUUCGUUCUCAAAGAGAAGAAUACAACUUUGUAAUUUUUGCGGUCGAUAAAAGAAACAUUUUCAGUAUUGUUAAAAUCUUUCUUACUAAAUUUUAUUGCACAUUCGUUGUUACGAAUUUAUGACAUUGCAUUGCAGGGGAAUUGUUUCUUUCGUAUGUGAUUGUUACAUUUUAAAGUAAUACAUGUUAUUUGCACUUUCCUGCAAUGUUUGAUAGUUUAUUGAUUAUUUGUUGUAUAAAUUUGUACAACGCCAUCUUGUUCCUUCUAGAAUUCAGAGCGUGCAAAAUGAAAUAAAAUUGUUCAAUUUG